AUGAAGCAAUUGAUCUUCUUUGUUGCGGUACUCGCCUUGGGAUGUGGUGCCCCACAAGGGUACACAUUAGAUAAACCAUCCAGUCCCGGACUGACCACAGGACCAGGAUUCUCUGCUGGAGUGGCAAUUACAGGUGGAUCAGGUCUCUCCCCUGGGUCCGGAUUUAUAACUGGAUCAGGAGUUACCCCUGGUGGAGUCUCAGCCGGAGUAGGCUUUGCAACUGGAUCCGGAGGACUUACACAUGGAUCUGGAAUUACUUCAGGAACAGGAGCUUCUACUGGAACCGGAGUCCUAACUGGUACAGGAAGUACCGGUGGAUUGAUCGGAGAUGGGUUCUCCUCCAUUAAUGACGCCUUUGCCGCUGGAUGCAAGGUAGGAGAAAUUCUGCAUGUGGAUGGAACUUGCGUAGUUCCUGAAGUGUCUAGGAAAGUUUUUGUUGUGGAUGUUCCCCAACAACAACAGCUAUCAGGUCCUCCACCAAGUGUUCCUCCUCCUAAAGUGGAUCAUAAUAUCCUGUUUGUGCGCCUUCCUGAAGAAGGUCUUGCACCUGAACCUAUCGUUGUUCCUCCACCAAGGCAAAACAACAUUGUCUACGUCCUUAACAAGCAGAUCGAACAGGCACAAAGGGUUAUUGAAGUCGAAGCUCCUCCACCGUCAGAGCCCGAAAUCUACUUCGUGAACUACGAUGAUGGAGAAAAUCCUACUCUUCCUGGAGGUAUCGAUCUUCUUACUGCUCUUGGAUCCGCUGCCGAGACUGGCGGAGAAGUAAUUGGUGCCGUAGGAGGCGCUGGUACCGUUGGAGGCAUUGGAGGAGUCUCAGGUCAGCAAGGAGGCGCCGGACAAGGCGGCAUUGGCGGAAGUGGCGCUGGUCUUGCUGGUGGCGUCGGCGGAGGUGCCGGAUUAGGUGUUAAUGGAGGCUCCGGUGGAGUAUUUGGAGGAAACAGCGGUGGAUUUGGAAUUUCUGUAGGAAGUACCGGUGGACAAGUCCGACCUGGAUCUCUGGAUAAUUUGGGAACUCCGUCAGCUCUAUAUUCGACACCAUAA